AUGUUAGAUCCAUUCCGUGGGCGUUACAAAUUCGAGCAGUAUAUACCAAACAAGCGCGCAAAAUAUGGCAUCAACUGUUAUGCGCUCUGUGAUGCCAGAACGUUUUAUACGCUAGGUAUGGAAGUAUAUGCAGGCAAACAGCCACCUGGGUCAUAUCAGGUACCCAAUUAUGCAGAGAAUGUGUUGUUAGGAUUGAUUCAACCGAAUGACAAAACAGGCAGAAACUGUAGGGAACUAAACAGCAGCAUAUUCGCAUUUGGUGAAAAACCAAGCAACAACUGCUUGAUUUGCACAUACAUAAAAUAG